AUGCAACGCGGUCUUGCUCUGCGAAAGAUGCAACAGCAGAAGGCCGACGAGCAACAACGUCAUCGCAAGACUAAAGGAGAGGUUGAUCAAAUGCACCCACUCAGUUCUGAAGCCCUGUUACAUCAAAAGCUCUGCUCAGACCGACUCUCUCCGGUGUUCAGUGCCGAUCUGUGCUGGAACGCAUACUACACGGUGAUGGAUAACGCACCCCACAACGAGCGUGUUGAAUGGCCGCCACUGGCAGCUUUUAAGGAAGCUGGCCGCAGAAUUGGGCCCAAAGCUCUCGAACGGUCUCUACCUCUUCCCAGGCAGAAUCAGAGCCGAAAGCAGGGACGAAUGGUCGAAGGAGAUGGCGCAAACGAUGAGGCAGGUAUGAUGGACUAUUAUGAGAAGUCUAUCAAGCUGGACAGACUCGGUCUCUCCCAGCAGCAGUCUCUACCAGAGCCCGAGUUCACUGAUACCUACGACAUUGAGAUCGAAAACCUCUCUGCAUGGACUCGCGAGCUAAUCGCCGAGAUCGAGCUUGAAGAGGAAGAGGAGGAGGAAGAGAACCCGAUUGCUGUUCAAGAGAAGGAGAACAAGGACAAGGACGGAGACCUUUGCUUUGAACCGAAGGAAUAA